GUAAUCUAAUUCUUAAGUUUCUAACCCAAUUACAAAAAUGAAAGCCCAUUUGCUCCUCUUCAUGUUCCUUCUUGUCACAAGCAAAACUCUCUCUGUCUCAACCAUUCCUCAGUCUAAUUCUUCAAUUCCCCUAUACGACCAAUUGAGCCAAAAGAAAAUUCCUGACAACGAGACAAUAUAUAGGGUAUCAAAGCAGCUAUGUUGGGGCUGCAUUGCAGAGUCACUAGAGUUCUUGUUCAGGCACAACUUGGUGAGAGCAACCAAGUGGGAACUUCCCCUCGUGUGGGACUUCCAGCUUGAGCAAUACGCAAGGUGGUGGGCUAGUCAAAGAAGAGCAGAUUGCAAGCUUGAACAUUCCUUCCCAGAAAACGAUUUCAAGCUAGGAGAGAACAUUUUUUGGGGUAGUGGCUCAGCGUGGACACCAACGGAUGCUGUAAGAGUAUGGGCUGAUGAAGAAAAAUACUACACGUACGCUACUAAUACAUGUGAAGCGGGUCAAAUGUGUGGCCACUACACUCAAAUAGUGUGGAAGAGCACUAGGAGGAUUGGAUGUGCUCGGGUUGUAUGUGACGAUGGAGAUGUGUUCAUGACAUGUAAUUAUGACCCCGUUGGCAAUUAUGUUGGAGAGCGACCCUAUUAA